AUGGCCCUCAAGAGUCCACUCAUGCCUUCUCCAACCGGUGGAGGGCUCUCCUCUGCCUUCAGUCCAUAUUCGGAUUCUCCCAAUUCGCCGGCUCGCUUCAAGGACUCGUCCUUCCCGGCGAAUGGGAAUGACAAAAGCAAUCGAUCAUCCGGUCCGUCUGAUACGCUUGCGCCUCCAAGUCCAUAUCCCCAGCAAAUCGAACCCUCGCCGACAGACUCCAAUGGCACAGAAAGCACAGAGAUAGAAGAAGAGGCGCAAGAUUCGAGCGCAACAAAGUCUCCAGAGUCCGCUGCAAAUGGAGAGGCAUUCGAGGUGCAGUCUCCAGAUAUAGAGAUAACAAGUCCAGAGAGCGCGAAAAGUGAAACGAUACCUCCCCGACUCGACACGCAGCUGCCGCAGAGAGAUCGAUCUGACAGCACCGACAAUGAGCCUCAAUCCGUUAUCCACGUCCCCUCUGGCUUUCAAACUUUUGAAGAAGGCUCUGUUACACAUCAGUCUCCCACUGAGGAUCGGUCUGAAAGUACCGCCCGCUUAGCCUCGCCGACAACUCCAGAAGCUGCGACGGUAUAUCCUAGCGACAAGAGGCCAAUCUCACCCGUCAACACCGACAUCCCUCUAUAUAUGGAUCGCACAACGCCCCGCGCGCAAACACGGCAGGAACUGGAUGAGAGCUACAAGCGCAACAGUAGGCGCACAUCGAGUCUAGAAGGUCUGCUUCCAGGCUUCGAUAAGUAUUUCCAGCAGUAUCUGACAGGUCGUGCAGAUAUUCCAGAGGCUCUUGACAAAGAUGCCGAUACUGAGCAGGCUGGGUCCAAGGAUGACGAUGGCCCUAGCACGGCUGGGCUUGUUGGUGAUGGAUCGAUGAAAGACGCCAUGCAAACGCUGAGCCAGGCGGAAGACGAGGUCGCUGCUCUGCGUACUGCGCUGAGCGAAUGUUGGACGUUGUGCAACACUCUGGCGAAUCUGUCGUCAAGCCAUCGGCAGAGGACUUUCAAGUUUUCUGGCAAGACGGAAGUGCAAGAGCAGGCUUGGAGAAGCUGUUGGCGAUUGUGCCAGCAGCUGUACGAGCAUCGCGAUGAUGAUGCGACUUCGCAGGUGAUGCCCACACUCGAAUUGUGCAGAGACUUCUGUCAGUCACUCUUCGAUGCAAGGCAAAAGAUGGAUGAGGCGUCGGAUUCAGUCCUGCGAGUGAGUUUUGAGCUGAACAAUCAUCUAUACAACACCCACGACCGAAGCCUGCCCGACGCCUUCAACGAGCGGACGCUGGACUUCUACAUCACGCUAUGCCAUCGAUUGAUGAAACAGCGCACAUCACUGCCAGAGGAAACAGACUCGCUACUGCGAGCUUGCUGGUCACUGGCUGAGAACUUGUUCAACCUACGCCAAGCAAGCCGCGAGGGACGAAGGGCAGACGAGGAACUGCUUGGAUCAGCUGUGCAAGCAUGUUGGGAACUUUGCGACCUCUUCCGUGAAGGCUGGACUCAAAUCCGGCCAGAUCGAGGCACACCACGACCUAACCAGACCACGUUCGCCUCCUCGCAAGGGGGAUCGUUCAAGUCUAGUUCGGUACGCUCUGAAGGCAGAUCAACGAACAGCACCGUGAGCAAUAGAAAGUACCACGAUGCCAGGUCGAUUCCUCCAGAAACACCAGUCACCAUUUUUGACGACACAUCUACCGCCGACUCAUCCCCUGAUGGAUCAGUAAAUGUACCCAAUAUCCUGGUUCUCGGCCCAGCCAGUACCGGCAGUAACUCAGUUCGAGGAGGCGCACCUCAUCACGAACGCUGGUCAAGCAACGCCUCUGUUCUCAGCGACUACUCCGAAUCCGCCGGCUCAUCCCAACGCUCAUCUUCGACAGCAACCGCAGGCGCCGAGGAAGCCCAACUAGCACGACUUCGAUGCUUGCUUCUCAGAGCCGGCAUGAACACAGGCUACGCUCGCACAUCAGGCCAAACCCUGCCCGUAUGGGUCAAAUCGCUCCCCGAUAACGCAUUCGGCACCUUACCAUGGCAGAUGAAAGUCUUGUCUUUCUACAGGAAGCUCGUCACGAACGACAAGUCCAUGCUCAGCGUCCACCAAAUCCCCUCGAGACGCUUGGGCGCGGCAGAAGUCGCCAAAGCGGUGAGGUGGCUGGGCAACAGCGAACAAUGGGCCUGGAUGAGAGAUCUCUUCAGGCUCGUGUUCGGAUUUGGGAUCGAUGAGGCUGAAAGAAGAGGAGGCUCGUUUCAGACUUGA